UCCGCUGCCAUAUUGUUGUUUCGGUGUCUCCGCAGCUUCAGCAGCUCGUCGGUGUUUGUUUGAGUUCCAGCUGCUCGGUCUCCUGCCUGCGGACUCUGCGGUCUCUGAGGAGGGCAGCCCCUGCUUCAACUGACUCUAUCUGGACUAACACAGAGCUUCAAGUCGCUGCUAAAGUGUCCCGAGGACGAGAGGAGCCGUCGGGUGAGGUGAAGAUGGUCGACCGGCUUGCCAACAGCGAGGCCAACUCCAAACGGAUCGCGGUGGUGGAGGGUUGCUUCGGCGCGGCCGGGCAGCCGUUGGCGAUCCCGGGCCGCGUGCUGAUCGGCGAGGGCGUCCUCACCAAACUGUGCCGGAAGAAGCCCAAGGCGCGGCAGUUCUUCCUCUUCAACGACAUCCUCGUGUACGGGAACAUCGUCAUCCAGAAGAAGAAGUACAACAAGCAGCACAUCAUCCCGCUGGAGAGCGUCACCAUCGACACGGUGCCCGACGAGGGCGACCUGCACAACGGCUGGCUCAUCAAGACGCCCACCAAGUCCUUCGCCGUGUACGCCGCCACCGCCACGGAGAAGUCCGAGUGGAUGAACCACAUCGGGAAGUGUGUCGGCGACCUGCUGCAGAAAAGCGGAAAGUCCCCGACGGGCGAGCACGCCGCCGUCUGGGUGCCCGACUCCGAGGCGACGGUGUGCAUGCGCUGCCAGAAGGUGAAGUUCACGCCAGUCAGCCGCCGCCAUCACUGCAGGAAGUGCGGCUACGUGGUGUGCGGGCCGUGCUCGGAUAAGAAGUACCUCCUGCCCAGCCAGUCGUCCAAACCGGUCCGAGUCUGCGAGUUCUGCUUCGUGCAGCUGACGUCGGGAGGCCUCUCCAUCCGCUCGGACUCCAUCAGCCGGCCGGGGUCAAAGUUCAACAGCAGCAACAUGUCGGACGACGACGACGAAGACGACAGCAGCGACUGAGAGAUGAAAACGCUCCUCCUGACGUCAUCGUCCACACGUCCAGGAGGAACUACUUUCUCUCCUCUCCAUCAUCGGUCGUUCUCCGCCUCUUGAGGAUUAAUUCUCUCCGGAGGUCAAACCAAAAUGUUUUAUUGUUUUUUUUUUUUUUUUUCCAGCUGGGAUUAACCUCUUCCUGAUUAAACAAUCACAUGUGGAAUAUACUGGAUGACCUGCAGGACUCCAGGAAAUACCCCCCCCCCCCCCCCCGUCUCUGUUGACUGUUAAUCAGGCUGCAGCUCGUCACUACAGAACACAGCGGUGCUAACGAGAAGCAUCACGUCCCCCUCCACCUUUCUCUUCCUUUUUAAUGACCUUUGACCUUUUAAUGACGGUGAACUACACAUGAUGACUGCUUGUCAUUUCUGCAGGGAGAUAGCACAUGUUUGGUGCUCUAACCUUUAUCCCCCUCUGUCCCUCAGGUGUGACACCAGAAGAGGCUUAUUUUGUAACACACGUUUUGGUAUUUUAUCGGCCUGUUUUGUAAAUCUGUCUCCAGCUUCAUGUCGAGCUUAAAAACACUUUUUUAUAAAUAACAGAAUGUAGACGUUACGCUAAACCCAGAGCUUUUCUAGCUAACCCUAAUAAUAUAGAUGCUUCUGACAAAUCAGCUGGUCUCCUUGUGAGUGUUUUGCACCUGAAGACUAACUCUACCUUCGGCCUGUAAUGUCACAUAGUGCCUUGUAGAAAUGCAGCGUUCGGAAAGUGGGGGUUGUUUUUUCUAAGUAACCCAGCAUGCAAAAAAAAAAACCCAGAAACUUCCUGACAGGUAGAGCCUGAAACACAUUAGACAGGAGCGAGUGUGUGUGUGUGUGUGUGUGUUGCAAACUGAAAGGAUUAACGAGCAACAGUUCAAUACAGACUCUCCCUGGAAAGUUUGUUAGCAAGAAGUUUGAAUCAGCCAGAUAAUGAUUUAAGAGUGAUUAAAAAGCACAUGUGAAGAUAGUCAAAGGUCUUUUUCUUCCACUACGGGAACUUCACAACCUGGUUCUAGUUCCUGCUUUCAGUCAGUUUGGGACCCCAGACGAUGAACUGGUUGAAUGAGGUGAAGAAGAAACUGGAGACUGCAGAAAGCUGAGCUGGAGAUAAGUUCAGUUUUUCCCUCCUAGAAUUUAGUUUUCACCAAUUCAGGGUCCACUAGAUAAACAGACAAACAGACAAACGAGAUACGCUGAUAUGAGCAGCUGGUGGCUUUCAUCCUGAGGCUGCAGAAAAGUAAAAAAAAACAAAAACCUGAUUUAGUAACCGUGCUGCUUUACUCUGGGAGGGGGGUUCAUAGAGCUCUAGCUGUGCACGGCUGAUAGAUAGAAAUAGAAUUUAAAAAGUCAAAAUGAACAAGUUGCAAAGUUGAUAUCAUCGAAGCUGGGGGCAAUAUUUUCACAAUAUUUUACAGCAUGUCCUAACAGCACGUGGCGCAAGCGUCAGCGACUAAACCAGUCUGAUUCUGCCGGUGAAGCAGCGCCGUCUCCCCCCCCGACGCCUUGUUUCUAUUUCCCUCUCUGCAGCUCGCAUAGACGUGGACGGGAAACGAAAAACGAGGGAGGCGGCUCUACACGGCUCUGAUCACUCCACAGAGCUGGUUAGCUUGUUAUACAAGGGGGAGAUAACGGUGCAUGAAUAAUAUCCACAUCCAUGAUUUAAAUGUUGAUCUUUGACCUUUGAUCGUCAAUCAUCGAUACUCUAAGUGUUGUGAUUUGAGUCAACAGCUCAUCAAUACAAAAGCACCAGAUGUCAUAAUGUUUGCGAGGGGAAACAAAAAGUUCACAGAUCAAAGAAUGAAAUAUUUAACGGAUGCAGUGUGGACGGGCACGAGUGAUCAUGCUCGAUGCGACGACGUGUAACGCUGGCGUGCUGUCAGGACACGGUGUGAGGAACAACACUGACUGAUGUUUUGUUUUGAAUCACUGAAACCUGCAGACAAACGCCUGCACUCUGAACCCAAACGUUACCAACAUGAACAUGUUGGUAACGUUUGGACGGUUUCACCUCCUCGUCUGUCUCUCUGUUUGUAAAACACAAACUGCUGCCGCUCUGACUAUUAAAAUACAUUUGAUAUCA